CAUUCGAUCCUAAUGGCUGUCGACCAGCUGAUAACGCUGAGUAAAUAUAAAAUUUUCAAACAAUAGCAAUUUAAUAAGUUUAUUUGCGUUCGCCCGCUUAAAGCUUAAAAGUUGCUUAACAAUGGCGGAUUACGAAUUGAUGAACGAGCCUUCGCAAUCGCAAUCCUGGUGGCGCAUAGUCGCACUAAUGGGGCUCUAUAUGCUAACCACAAUAUUUGUCUUUCUUCUGUGGAAUUCCGCUUACGAUACUAUUUAUUAUCCACCAGAUAUCCAAGCCGUGCCCGAUUUUUGGUACCGUCGUGCCAACCUCUACGCCAAUAGUGUGCAUCAGAGUACACUCUCGCAUGAUUUCCGUUUGAUGAAAAAUCAAACGGUACGCGUCAAACUACAACAUGCAGAUAGCGUAUCGAAUGGUUUGGGUCAACAACAGCCAACGCAAAAGGUGAAACCCAGCGCUCCACAAUUGGUGAAGAAUGCACCACCCACUAUGAGCACAGCACCUGAAGUGCGUCUAGUUUGCUAUUACACAGUUCCCGAUCCGAACAAUGAGUUCGAUGAUUUGCGUUUGGCCAAUGUUAAUGCUGAACUUUGCACACACAUCAAUGUUGGUAUGGUUAGUGUAAGUAAUGGCCAGUUGGUUAUCACCGACAAUAUGCGACGUAUACUCGCCCAGGAUGUGACGGUGUUGCGCACAAUUAAUCCUGCUCUGAAGCUUUUGCUGUCGGUGGGUGGCGGCGCGAGCAGUGACGGGUUUCCGGCAAUGGUGAAGAAUCACACGACUCGUAAAGUGUUUGUGCAUUCGCUGAAGCAGACAUUGACUAUGUAUAAGCUAGAUGGCAUUGAUCUCGACUGGGAGUUCCCCAGCGCAUAUAAUAAAGAGCGUCAACAUUUUUCGCAAUUGAUAUACGAAAUACGGCAGGAGUAUAAGCGCGAACGUCGCGAUUACUUGCUAACAGUAGCAGCUGCUGCACCUGAAGGCAUUGCUCUAUUCGCCUACGACGUGCAAAUGCUAAACCAGUACGUAGACUAUGUGAAUCUGAUGACAUACGACUAUCAUUUCUACUCGCAUGGCACGCCUUUCACAGGUUUAAAUGCGCCAUUGUACGCACGUCCGAAUGAGCGCUCGUUACUCGGUACUUUAAAUAUCAAUUAUUCAGUUAAUUGGUGGCUAGCCAACGGUCUGGAUCGCAAGAAGUUGGUGGUGGGCCUUCCAACCUAUGGACAUUCUUUCACCCUGGUCAGUUCUCUGAACAAUGGUGUCGGUGCACCCGCUGAAGGCAUUGGUCAUUGCGGUAGUUUGGGCUUUACCUCCUACUCAGAGCUUUGCUGGUUCAAUACACAUAACAUACUGGUCCAUCAGUCAUAUGACCGAUCUACUUGCUCGCCUUAUCUUAGCAGCGGUAACGAAUGGAUUUCUUAUGAAAACGAGACCAGCAUCGCAUGCAAGGCGCUCUAUGUGAAGAAUCAUCAACUUGGUGGCGCUAUGAUAUUCUCGCUAAAUACAGAUGAUGUGAAGGGCUAUUGCCCUCGCGCCUAUAAAACCAAAUUUCCACUUGUUGAAACUGUUAAAACGAUUUUGUUUGGCAAAAGCUGAAGCAACGAUGUUGAAAUGUGAUUUUUGUUAAUAAGUAUCUUGUUAUGCAACGUGAUAUGAAAUCCCAAAGAGCACACAUGUGCUUGCGGCGUCGGGAGUGCACUAA